ACUGGGACCAGUGGCUUCACAAAUCACAACCAUAUGACAGAAACGGCUACUGUCGACUCAAUUAGGGUUUAACUCAUCUAAACCCUUAAACCCUAAAAACAACUCUCACCCUCACUCUGACUCUCCCUUCACCACUUUCAGAGCUCCGUUUUCGACUCCAAUGGCGGCCUUCGACCUUGUAAACAACAUGAAUGACGUUGCUCUGAGACCUCGGUUACUCCGUACGCUUAUCAGAGACCAUAUCCCUGAUGACAAACACCCUUUCGGGAGUCCGUCGCAGCUAUCGAAGGUCACCUCCAUGGUCAAAACCCACAAUCUUCUUUCUGAAUCUUUCGGAGAACUGGAGGACCAGAAGCUCAUGGGAAAUUGGAAAUCCGCCGUUGAUUCAUGGGUCGACCGCUUGUUACUCCUCGUUUCCAAUGAUAUGCCAGAUAAAUGUUGGGCAGGAAUUUGUCUACUUGGGGUAACUAGUCAAGAAUGCAGUUCUGAUCGUUUCUUGGCAUCAUACUCCAAUUGGUUUCAGAAGCUUCUAUCACACAUUCAGUUUCCAGCAGCGUCUCAUUUUGUGAAGGUGGCAUCCUGUGCCUCAUUAUCAGAUUUACUCAUAAGGUUAGGAGGAUUUUCAAAUAUAAAGAAAGAUGGGACAGCCCAUGCUGGGAAACUCAUCCAACCAGUUUUGAAGCUGUUAAAUGAUGAUAAUUCAGAGGCAAUUUGGGAUGGAGCAGUUCAUUUGUUAUGCACUAUUAUUACUUUCUUUCCAUUUUCCAUUGGACGUCAUUAUGAAAGCGCUGAAGCUGCUAUUGCUUCAAAAAUUUUGUCAGGUACCUGCAGUUUUGAUAUGCUCAAGAAAUUUGCCCAUUGUCUAGCCUUGCUUCCAAAGUCAAGAGGAGACGAGGACAGCUGGUCUUUAAUGAUGCAGAAAGUUCUUAUAUGGAUUAAUAAUCACCUAAAUGAUACCUUUCAGGGUUUUGAAGAAGAAACUAGGCAUAAUAAUGAAGCCAUAAGAUUAUUGUUACCACCAGGAAAAGAUGUUCCUCCUCCAUUUGGAGGGCUUACAGUGUCUGGAGAAGAAUCACACAACAUGCAGAAGCGGUCUGAGCAUGUACUAACAUCCAGUGUCUCUGCGUUGAUGCUUUUCUGCUCUUCUAUGCUCACAAGUUCAUACCCUGUUCAGGUCACUGUACCUGUUCGCUCUUUACUGAUUCUUGUUGAAAGAGUGCUCAUGGUGGAUGCGUCACUGCCACAUAGCCAGCGGCCUUUUGUGACUGCUUUGCAACAAGAAUUCCUCUCUUCAGAACUUCCUGUUUUACACCUCUAUAGUCUGGAACUUCUCACUGCUAUCAUAAAGGGUGUGCGGAGCCAACUAUUACCUCAUGCUGCAUCAAUUGUACGCCUCAUCUCAGUCUACUUUACGAAGUGUGCCUUUCCAGAAUUGAGGACAAAAAUCUACUCAAUUACGAAGAUAUUGUUGCUAUCCAUGGGUGUUGGAAUGGGACUUUGUCUUGAACAGGACGUCCUCAAGAAUGCAUUUCUUGAUUUGAGUCCCAUAUAUGAGAGCGGUGGAACGUCUUCAAGUGCAAAUUUAAAGCCCUCUACUGAAUCAUUACCACGGCCAAGCCGGAAAAAAAGAAAGCAUGGUUCCAUAACUGGAUCUCUUGAAGAGGGGCAUGACAGUAUUUUAGAAGUGGAAUCUCAGAAGAACCAUUCCACAGCUCUGAUUUCUUUGAGGAUAGCUGCACUCGAGGCAUUAGAAGCUCUUCUUACUGUGGGUGGUACUCCAAAAUCUUUGAAAGAGCACCCAGAUAUUAAUCUUCUUUUAAUAAAUAUAGUAAAGCAUUCUUUGAAAGGGGGAUGGGCCAGCGAGGAAAGAAGCAUUAUACAGCUUAAUGAACCGACUGAAACCUCGGCAAAUGUGCAGCUUGCAGCAUUGCGAACUCUUUUGGCCUCUUUUCUGUCAUCUCAUCUCUAUUCACAACAUUUAGCACAGGGUCUUGAACUUUUUCGCAGAGGCAAACAAGAAAUUGGAACAAAAAUUGCGGAGUUCUGUGCACAUGCUCUGUUAGCCAUGGAAGUUCUUUUACAUCCCAGGGCCCUUUCAGUGGACGAUUUUUCUACAAUGAAAUCUAAAUCUGAUGAAGUUCAUGAUGAAAUUGCUGAGAAUAUAUACACCGACAAUAUCAGUUGGCUGGAAAGUGGAAAAGAAACAGAAGCUGGAGUGUGUGACCCUGCAGAGAUUAUAAGGUACAAUGAGAUUCCGUCUGAAACUUCACCAGUUUUCCAGGAUAUAAAUCUUUCUAAUGGUUCCGAUAAAGAGAUUCCAGUAGGAAGUAAGUGGGAGCCGGCAGCAGUCAAUGCGGAUGCUGUGAUUCAAGGCAGUGGGGAUGAACUUAUGGUUGAGUCUCACCAACUUCCUGAAUCCAGACCACUAAAUCAAGUUUCUGUUCCUGCAAAUACCGAUGGUCCAACAGGAUUUCAAAAUGUGAUUGAGAGUACUUCAGGUAGUGGCUCAUUAAAACAAGCAGAUAACGAUACAAACUCAGGCCAGGAUAUGGAUAUUUCGGUGGCUAAAAUCGACAGGUUUUCGACAGUUGAUUCCUCUUCACCGUUAAAUCCUGAGAAAGGCAAGGCAGUUGCUUCUAAAAUGCACCAUGAGUCAGAUAGUGAUGAAUAUCCUGAUCUUCUGGACGUAGGGCCAGAUUCUGAUUCAAAUCAGGAAGAAUAAUUAUGAAUGGUGAGAAUUUUGGUGGUUAUGAUGGAUAUGAAAUUUUGCGAGCAAGUUGUGUACAUGAAUUUUUGGCCAAAAAUGCAUUAUAAAGAAAGCAUUUAUAUUUUGAGGAUUA